AUGGCGGACGUUUUUAAUGUUCAGAUCUUCUUUAUUGUCUUCAGAGAAGCAUUAGAAGCUGUUAUUGUUGUUUCUGUUUUAUUGGCUUUCGUUAAACAAUCCCUUGGUGAAAAUAUGGAUCUUGCAAGGAGGUUGACCAUCCAAAUUUGGGUGGGUUCUUUCUGUGGUGUGUUUAUUUGUCUUGCUAUUGGUGGUGCUUUCAUUGGUGCUUACUACUCUUUGAACAAAAAUAUUUGGGGUAAUUCUGAAGAUUUGUGGGAAGGUAUCUUUUGUAUUAUUGCGACUGUUCUUAUCUCUGCCAUGGGUAUUGCUAUGGUUAGAAUCAACAAGUUACAAAGAAAAUGGAGAAUCAAGAUUGCCAAGGCCAUCUUGACUCCACCUGCUAAGAAAUCCGAGAGAUUCAAGAUUGGUUAUUUGCUUAAGAAAUACUCAAUGUUUAUUCUUCCUUUUAUUACCACCCUUAGAGAAGGUCUAGAGGCGGUUGUUUUCGUCGGUGGUGUUGGUAUCUCCGAAGCAUCUGCUAAGGCUUUCCCAUUACCAAUUAUUUGUGGUAUCAUUGCAGGUAUCGCCGUCGGUAUGUUCCUCUACUAUGGUGGUUCUGCUGUUUCUCUACAAAUUUUCCUUUGUGUUUCUACUGCAAUUCUUUAUCUCAUUGCUGCAGGUUUGUUUUCUAGAGGUAUUUGGUAUUUACAAAGCGACCGUUUCAACAAGAAAACUGGUGGUGAUGCUUCUGAAUCUGGUUCUGGUCCUGGUUCUUACGAUAUCUCUGAAUCUGUUUGGCACGUCAAUUGCUGUAACCCAGAAAUAGAUAACGGUUGGGAUGUUUUCAACGCAUUGUUAGGCUGGCAAAACUCUGCUACUUAUGGUUCUGUCAUCUCGUACAAUAUUUAUUGGUUGUCCCUUAUUGUUGUUUUGAUUCUCAUGAUGUACGAGGAAAAGCACAAUCAUUUGCCUUUUGUCUCAUUUAGUUUCAGACACCUCAAUCCAAUGUAUCACUUGAAGAGAAAGAGCAAGAAUGAAUUGAGUGCCGAAGAGGAAGAACGUCUAUUUGCACAAGCUAAGAUGCAUAUGACUCAAGAAGUCAAGAAUAAUGAAGCCCUUUGA